GAAUUUUAAAUUCAAGAUUUAAUAGGUUCAAUAAAGUUGGCAAUUGAUCUUUUUUUCUAAGUGUGGAUUUGUUCAUGAAGUUGUUUCCUAGGGUGGAUGGAGAACCACAAACCGCCUCGACAAGGUUGGGGAUUGUUUGUGGAUGUAGAAGAGUUGAAUUUCAGAUUCUGAGGGCUUGCGCCUGAGUUGUAACUUACGAGUGUAGUAGCUUAGGAUCUUUGAGAUAGAUUAUAUUUCUGUUGGGGUUCUAGUACUUUGUUUUGGAUUAGUUCCCUAUUCUGAACAUGGUCUGUUAGGAGUGGCAAAUGGAAAAGUCAUAAUGAGCAGGCAAACUAGAUUGUUUGUCAAUGGAUGUCGUGGACAAGACUUUUUCUGAUCUUGUCGGCAUUAUCAAAUCAUGGAUUCCCUGGCGAUCUGAGCCAGCAAAUGUGUCAAGGGAUUUUUGGAUGCCCGACCAGAGUUGUAGAGUAUGCUACGAGUGUGAUUCCCAGUUCACCUUAUUUAAUCGUAAACACCACUGUCGUCUUUGUGGACGAAUUUUCUGUGCCAAGUGUACAACAAAUUCAGUUCCUGCCCCAUUUAGCAGCCAAAGGAAUUCUUGGGAUGAGUUGGAAAAGAUUCGUGUGUGCAAUUAUUGUUACAAGCAAUGGGAGCAGGGUGUAGUUGCUUUGGAUAACAGUGUUCAGAUUUCCAAUCUGGAUCAUAGUACUUCGGAAUCAACUUCGAGCUUGGCUAGCAGUAAAACUAGUGCCACUGCAAUCAGUAGUAACAUUACUCUUUGCUCCAUGCCUUAUUCAGUUGGGUCUUACAAACAAGUGCAACAGGGUUCCGUUCUGAACUUGCAUCAAUCACCUGUGAAGGGAAAAGACAUUGAUAGGGAAGGUUUAUCAGCACUAGGAGGGAGGAAUGAUCUUGUAGCAGAUCUAGGUGAUCCAUUACCAAAGCAAUAUGAAUUCUCAAUAAACAGGAGUGAUGAUGAUGAGGAUGAGUAUGGUGUAUAUCAGUCAGAUUCUGAUAUGAGGCAUUAUCCUCAAGUGAAUAGCUACUAUGGACAAGCUGAGGUUGAUGGGAUAAGCAACAUUGAUGGCUCGCAGAAAGUGCAUCCUGAUGGAGAAAACAUUAAUGCAAAUCUCUCUUCAAACUACAGUUUUGACACACAGGGUUUAGAAGGAACCCCAGUUAUUGCAAAAAAUGAAGACGACCCUGAUAUCUGUGAUGAAAAUGAAGCACCUUCCUCAUUAUAUGUUUCAGAGGAUGUUGACACUGAACCCGUUGAUUUUGAAAAUAAUGGACUUCUCUGGCUCCCUCCUGAACCAGAAGAUGAAGAAGAUGAACGUGAAGCUAUUUUGUAUGAUGAUGAUGAUGACAAUGAUGUGAAUGCCAGUGGAGAGUGGGGAUACCUGCGCAGUUCAAGCAGUUUUGGAAGUGGGGAGUAUCGACACAGAGAUAGAUCAAGUGAGGAGCAGAAAAAUGUAAUGAAGAAUGUAGUUGAUGGGCAUUUUAGGGCAUUGGUAGCUCAGCUGUUACAGGUUGAAAACCUUACUGUUGAAGAAAAUGACAAAAAUAGUUGGUUGGAGAUUGUCACAUCCCUGUCAUGGGAUGCUGCUACUCUAUUGAAACCAGAUAUGAGCAAAAGUGGAGGGAUGGACCCUGCUGGUUAUGUGAAAGUUAAAUGCAUAGCAUGUGGGAACCGCUUUGAAAGUGUGGUGGUUAAAGGAGUUGUUUGCAAGAAAAAUGUGGCUCAUCGGCGAAUGACGUCAAAAGUAGAUAAACCUCGCUUGUUAAUCCUUGGAGGGGCUCUAGAGUACCAACGUGUUACCAAUCUCUUAUCUAGUGUCGAUACCUUAUUGCAGCAGGAAAUGGACCAUCUGAAGAUGGCAGUGGCAAAGAUAGCUGCACACCAGCCAAACAUUUUGUUAGUAGAGAAAUCAGUUUCGCGAUAUGCACAGGAAUAUCUUCUUGCUAAAGACAUUUCUCUUGUUCUCAAUGUCAAGAGACCACUUCUGGAGCGCAUAGCUCGUUGCACAGGCACUCAAAUAGUGCCUUCAAUUGAUCAUCUUUCAUCACAAAAGUUGGGUUACUGUGAAACAUUUCAUGUUGAAAAGUUUGUUGAAGACCUUAACAGUGCUGGUCAAGGUGGGAAAAAAGCAAUGAAGACAUUGAUGUUUUUUGAUGGCUGCCCAAAACCAUUAGGUUUCACCAUUUUACUUAGAGGUGCUGACAAGGAUGAACUGAAGAAGGUAAAGCAUGUGGUUCAGUAUGGAGUUUUUGCAGCUUACCAUUUGGCUCUGGAGACAUCUUUUCUUGCUGAUGAAGGAGUCUCCCUGCCAGAACUUCCAUUAAACAGUCUGGCCCUUCCAGAUAACCCAUCAUCCAUUCAAAGGUCCAUUUCAACAGUUCCUGGUUUCGGUGUUUCUGACAACGAAAAGCCUCAAGGGCAUGAACUUGACACCGAAGUACAGAGAACCAAAAGUGUCAUGAUUUCUGAUCUAGCCUCGUCAGCCUUCAGUACAGAACCUGAUGUGUCUAAUGGUGCUUCUCAAUCUAUGCCAUUUGAAUCAAGUCUCAAUCUUUCAACUGCCUUUCUCUCCUCCAUUGUUGCAUCAGGAAAUUCAAUUCCAGAAUCACACCAUGAUAAGCUUAUUUCGUGCACUAGUAGAGACAGAAAUGAAAUGGAGUCCAAAGACCCUCUAGCAGAAGAAACUUCUGUAGUGGACAACACACUGGGUGUCGGGGAUGAUCCUACAGUAAAUGACCCUGGAACUUUGGAGAAAUUAUAUCAAUGCAUUUCAGCUGACACUCCUCAAAACGGUCACAGUGAAGUCCCUACAAACCAGUUACAUGGGUCAGAAUCUUUCUCCCCAAAAGAUGGUCAAAACCAACCUGAGAUGCUUGGAAUCACAAUUGAAGAGCAAAUUCCCAUGAAAGAGGAAUUUCCUCCAUCACCCUCUGACCAUCAAAGCAUAUUGGUGUCUUUGUCCUCCCGAUGCGUAUGGAAGGGAACUGUGUGUGAGAGGUCCCAUCUUUUUCGAAUUAAAUACUAUGGAAGCUUUGAUAAACCAUUGGGGCGGUUUCUGCGGGACCAUUUAUUUGACCAGAGUUAUCGAUGUGAUUCUUGUGAUAUGCCCUCGGAAGCACAUGUGCAUUGCUAUACACAUCGACAGGGAACACUCACCAUAUCUGUCAAGAAGCUACCAGAAAUUAUCCUACCCGGUGAAAGGGAUGGAAAGAUUUGGAUGUGGCACAGGUGCCUGCGAUGUCCAAGAAUCAAUGGCUUUCCUCCUGCUACACAGAGAAUAGUAAUGUCUGAUGCUGCUUGGGGUUUAUCAUUCGGGAAAUUUUUGGAGCUCAGUUUCUCAAACCAUGCUGCAGCCAGCAGGGUGGCAAGCUGUGGCCAUUCUUUACACAGAGAUUGUCUUCGCUUUUAUGGAUUUGGGAGAAUGGUUGCUUGUUUUCGAUAUGCAUCAAUUGAUGUUCACUCUGUCUACCUUCCCCCACCCCAACUGAUUUUUGAUUAUGGGAAUCAGGAUUGGAUACAACAAGAAUCAGAUGAGGUGGUCAACCGAGCAGAGCUUUUAUUCUCUGAGGUUCUCAAUGGUCUUAGCCAUAUUGGAGAGAAUAGAUCUAGUGCAGUCCAAAGCAAUAAUGGCCUUAAAACAACUGAAUUAAGACGCCAAGUUGCUGAAUUGGAGGGGAUGUUACAAAAGGAGAAACUAGAAUUUGAGGAAACUCUUCAAAAAAUUUUGAACCAAGAAAAGAGAAAUGGCCAACCGGGGAUUGACAUUUUGGAAAUUAAUCGAUUAUGGAGGCAGCUACUUUUUCAAUCAUAUAUGUGGGAUCACCGCCUUAUUUAUGUAUCUAACUUAGUCAAUUCCAACAAUGAAAGUGAUUUAGGCAGUCCAAUUUCAGAGGAUAAGGACUUGGAGAAACCAAUCGAUGAAAAUCAGAUGGGCAUGGUCCCUAUGGCAGGGAGAGAAUUCAAUAGUGUAAAUUCUGUUAAUGAUGAUCCAAAGCUUUAUGAAAGCCCAAACCUUGAAGGAGAUGGAGUAGUUGAUGCAAAAAUUACCCAAGAGGAUGCAUUGCAUCAAGAAAUUGACAUGGCCAAAAGUAAAAAUCAUGAAAAAGAAGACAAUCAUAUUCUUUCAAACGCCAAAAGCAUUAGUGAUCCAUCUGACCUUUCAGAGCCUGAAGUGGGCGUCCGCAGAGCUCUCUCUGAUGGACCAUUUCCUAUCAUACCUAGUUUGUCUGAAACACUUGAUGCUAAAUGGACUGGUGAAAACCACUCAGGAUUUGGAAUUCAAAAGGACAACGCUUCUGUCAAUCCUGAUAUGUUUUUGACAGAUGCUUUGACGACCACUGUACAUAAAGAAACAUUCUAUCAAGGGGAUCGUGCAGAUGAUCAAAAUGGUGCGAAGAGUUUCUAUUAUCCUUCUAAAGGUCAUGAUAACGUGGAAGACUCUUCAAGUUGGUUAGGAAUGCCCUUCUUAAACUUCUAUCGCCAAUUUAACAAGAAUCUUUUUGCUAGUACACAGAAGCUUGAUACUCUAGUUGACUACAAUCCUGUUUAUAUGUCAUCCUUCCGGAACCAGGAUCUCCAGGGUGAGGCAAGGUUACUUCUGCCAAUUGGUGUCAAUGACACUGUAAUUCCAGUAUAUGAUGAUGAACCCUCAAGUAUUAUAGCUUAUGCCUUAAUGUCUCCAGAAUAUCAUCUCCAAUUGACUGAUGAAGGAGAAAGACCAAAAGAAGGAAUUGAGUUGAGUUCAUCAUAUUUUUCUGACUCAGGCACCUUCCAUUCAUUCUUAUCUGUUGACGAAACAGCUUUUGAUUCUCAGAAAAGUUUUGGAUCAAUAGAGGAAAUGAUACUUUCCAUGUCUGGGUCUCGUGCCUCAUCAAUGCUGGACCCAAUGUUAUAUUCAAAGGCUUUGCAUGCCAGAGUUUCCUUUGGAGAAGACGGUCCUCUUGGCAAAGUAAAAUAUUCAGUUACUUGUUACUAUGCCAAGCGUUUUGAAGCCUUAAGAAGGGUCUGUUGUCCUUCCGAGCUUGACUAUAUAAGGUCUCUGAGUCGCUGUAAGAAAUGGGGAGCUCAAGGUGGGAAGAGUAAUGUGUUCUUUGCAAAAACCUUGGAUGAUCGAUUUAUCAUCAAACAAGUUACCAAAACAGAGCUUGAAUCAUUCUUUAAAUUUGGUUCUGAAUACUUCAAAUACCUUUCUGAAUCCAUAGGCACAGGAAGUCCAACAUGCCUGGCAAAGAUUCUUGGCAUAUACCAGGUUACAUCAAAGCAUCUUAAAGGAGGGAAAGAAUCAAGGAUGGAUGUUUUGGUUAUGGAGAAUCUUUUGUUUCGGAGGACUGUGACACGACUGUACGAUCUUAAAGGGUCUGCCAGAUCUCGGUAUAAUGCAGACAGUAGCGGGAAAAACAAAGUUCUGCUGGACCAGAACUUGAUUGAAGCAAUGCCAACAUCUCCUAUUUUUGUAGGAAACAAAGCAAAGAGAUUGCUAGAGCGAGCGGUGUGGAACGAUACCGGUUUUCUGGCAUCAGUUGAUGUAAUGGACUAUUCUUUACUAGUUGGGGUGGAUGAAGAGAAGCAUGAGUUAGUUAUUGGAAUCAUUGAUUUCAUGAGGCAAUAUACUUGGGACAAACAUCUUGAAACAUGGGUGAAAGCUUCAGGCAUCCUUGGAGGACCAAAAAACACAUCUCCAACAGUGAUAUCACCAAAGCAAUACAAGAAAAGGUUCAGAAAAGCAAUGACCACUUAUUUUCUAAUGCUUCCAGAUCAGUGGUCUCCUCCAUCUAUGAAACCUAGUAAUUCUCAGUCUGAUUUAGGUGAAGACAACACACAACCUAGGACUCCCGCUGAAUGAUUCUUUGAUUUUGUGUUUAUGUAAAGGUCACUGCAAUUUGGGGAAUUAACUCCCACCACAUAAUUUUAUAUUAUUUUUUGCUUUUCCCUCUUAAAUGGUAUAGGAAUUCUUUUGGUUCAUUUGUAAUUUGGUCUUCUAGACAUUAUCAAUUAUUUGUUAGAAGAUACCAACAGAGGGGCUGCUAGCAGCCAAGGAUGUUUGUCUGGGGUAAAAAUAUUUGAUGGCCUCUGGAUGAAAUCUUUGUACAAAAUCCUAUAGUCAAUUUAUAGCUUGAAGUUAUAUAUAUAUAUAUAUAUACACAUAUAUAUAUCACUUAAAUUUGUUAAACGUGUUAUUGAAUAUCUCAAAUUUCAUUGCAACUACCAUAUUAUGUUGUUAGUCUGUUGAGGCAGUGACAAGAGGAAUAACAUUGAUUUUAAGUAUAAAUUAAUAGUUUU